AUGAAAGACGAUCAGCCUUUUGACGAAUGGCUUCGCUAUUCACUUCUACCAAAUUUUGCAUUUUAUGGAGCAAUAAUUUCACUAAUUCAGCCAGUAUUACUCUUACCAUUACACACAUUUUUAAUUCUUUCUAAUAAAACUACUUGGGAAAUACUAAAAGGAAAAGAAAUCACGUAUCUUACAAACUGGAAAUUAAGACUCAGUCCAUUUAGUCAUGGUAUGAUUCAAAAUAUUCGAGAAUUCUGUUUUAUGCGUUGGGAAGUUCCAGUUUAUAAAGUUCCAUUUACUCCUGAAGAAAUGGAACAAUACAAGGCAGAUAACUCAUGCAUAAUGAACGAUACAUGCAAUUGCUGCUAA